CCGAACAUGACCACACAAAUAAGUUAUCUGCAACAACUCCUCCAACAAAUGUGUACACCAAACAUGACCUAACUUCGUCCGUGGCUCUUGUCACUUCGGUUGGGAAUGACUAUAAUUAUCAUACAUAUACAAAGCAUAUGGAUGGUUUUGUUGAAACGCUUACCAAGAGGCUCAGCUUGAACCUUAAACGCAUUCAUGAGAUGGGAGUCCCUAAAGUAGCAGUGACAGCAAUGGAACCUUUGGGAUGCAUACCCGGAGUAGCUUUUUUAACUACCGGCAAUUACUCCAAUACAUGCGACGAAAGAAUAAACAACAUUACCAGGUUUCACAACCAACUAUUAAAACAAAACAUAGAGGAACUCAAAGACCAAACCGAUGGAUCCCCUUUUGUAAUUCUUGAUCUCUAUGCCGCCUUCAUGUCCGCCUUGAACAUUCAAUACAACCGCCCAGUGAAUGGUAGUUUUGCACAUAAAAUGCAGCCAUGUUGCCUUGGUAAAUGUGGGGAGGUUGAUGAGAGUGGAAAGAAGGAAUACAGAGUGUGUGAUAAUCCAAAGAUGGCAUUCUUCUGGGAUAUGUUUCACCCAUCGCAGCAAGGAUGGAUGGCUGUUUAUUCUGCUUUGCAGGAAACUUCCCUUCCCAAUCUCCUUUCACUCUCAGCACCACCUUCGAAAUAUUAAAUAGAGAUGAAAUUCUGUAAAAUAAUACUUAGCUUGUUUAAGUAUUAUAAUUGUGCGGAGCAAAUGAUUUUUU